AGCAUUGCGGUUGUCAUAGAAACCGGGGUCAUUAUGGCGACCAUUUUCAAAUGGCGACCGGGCCCUGUCGUGGAAAGGAGCAUUCAGUUCCUGGUGUUUGGACUGAGUUGAGCUUAUGGAUUCCCGGAGGGUCUGGGUCAUUGGCUGUGCACACACAACCACAGACAGUACAACAGCAGCCUCCAGUCCCUUGUUGCUGACCUUUGAGGACGCUGGGCAUCUAAGGAUGUGUUCCUACAAGGCAUCACAGAUCCGCUGCUGGUCACAUGGAUGGGAAGAGAAAAGGAAAUGACUCACCUGGGAAGUAUGUGCACCACAUGAGUGAGUACCUACUGCCCACAGAGGGCACCAGAGUUUGAGAUCUUUCGGAACUGGAGUUACAGACAGUUGUGAACCAUCGGGAAGACAUCCGCAGCCUGUGUGAUGGCAUCCCGCUCCAGAAGGUGCCAGCCACUCACAGUCCAGCCUGAGUCCUCAAAGCCUGGGCUACCUGGUAGACAACCAGAGGCCUGCCCAGAGCUACAAGGCUUCCAUUACGAUGAACAAAAUGUGUGGUGGAGGAACGGGGGAGAAAGAGUAGCAGGAUGGUUCAUGUGCUGUGAAAAGAGGCGGAAUAGACUGUGGUGAGGAGCAGGCUGAGCUGGGUGGACUUCUUGCCGUUCACGGUCAUGGCGUCAUCAGGGCCGAGGUUGCUAUCAAAGAUCAUUUCUGGGUCUCUGGACUUAUUGCAGCUUGGGUCUGUGUUAAUAUUCAUGGUCCAAGCUGCCACCAAAGGGCACACAGGAGCCUGGAGUCUGGGCUGUAUCCUCUGGCCUUGUUGGCAUCUGAGGGCUGUGUUGCCACUGGAGUGACACUGAUCUGACAGACCCAAGCUGCCACCGGGGCCAUGGUGUUGUCCAUGCCCGAACUGCUGACAAGGGCCAUACCUGUGACCCAGCAGCAGCCAGGGUCUUUGUCUUCCAUGCCUCCUGUUACCAUUGAAGGCCAUGUGGAUGCCCAAGGUGUGGGUCACCACCUGAGGUCACGUUGGUGGCCAAGGGCUUUGCUGCAGCUGGGGCCAUCCUGGUCUGUGUGGUCUGUGCUGUCACCUGGGAAUUGCUGACAUCAAGGACGAGUUGCUGCCAGGAUCAUGUCUGGGUCCAUGGUCCUACCAGAGCUAGGGUCUGUGUUUAUGUUUGUGGCCCAUGUUGCUACACGGGGUUUUAAAAACCAUGCAUGAUGAUAUCCAAGGUCCAGGCUGAGCUGGUUCUGCCCUUUGGUGGGCAUUGUGUCAAGAGAGCUGGCCCUGACCUUCACAGGAGAGCUGGUCCCACCCCUCACCCCGGGCAUGGGAAAACUGGCCCUGGUGGCAUGGGCAUAGGUGAGCUGGCUGCGACCCUAUCCUAAGGCAGGCAGCCCCUGUGGCCUGACCUGAUCAGCUCAGCUACCACCCAGGCCCGUAUUCUGGUUCUUGGCUUGGCCCAUCCUAACAUCUACACCAUCUAAGGCCUACUGGAAUGCUGGAAUUGACUGGUCUUUUGGAACAAUACCUGCAUGAUCUCUGUUACUUGGGGUGAUUGCAGGAUAUCCUAAAAGAGUUUUGUUGAGGGUCCCAUGAUGAUAGUGUACCAGAAAUAGAAUCCAUGAAUGAGUUCAAUGACUCAUUACAAUGAAUGUUUAUAAGUAAAUAUGAUGGACAAAAUGGAAUACUGUGUGACUCACUUUAUAUGUAGAUCGUAUUAAAGUGUAAUAGAAGCCCUAGUACUGCUUCUGAUGACUUCAGUUGGAUCCUCAGGACCCACAUUGUGGAAACAGAAAAAUGACUCCUUCGUGUUGUCCUUUGACCUCUACAAGUACACUGUAGAUCAUAUAUGGCCUUGCCAGACACAGAAAAUAGGCAGAUAAAUAAAUGUAAAAAAUGUAAAUGGACAUAACUUACCAAAAACAAAACAAAAAGCCAAAAAAUGAUGUCUUAUUGCUGACUGAAAUAGAAUCUGAAAUGAUUGCUUUUUUCAAGACAUGUAUCUGAAACAAGCAUUAAAAUGUUAGCUUGAACACUUAAAAAGAAGUAAACACAUACCAUUCAGGAAUGAAUAAUUAGAAAUCUAGAAUUAUAAUCUUAACGUUUAAGAAAGAACUAAAACUAAAAUGGAAUAAAACUAUUUUAAAACAUGCAAUAAUGUUAUAUCUAAAAUUCAUUAGGAAAAUACUAAUCUUUCAUACUUAUAUUUCAUUCACACAGCAAAAUAUGGAUUGAAGGAAAACUACAAGAAGGUAUAAAAACCGAUUAAUAAUUGCAGCUGAAUGCAAAAUAGUUUUCUCAAUGCAACAACAAUCAUGGGAAAAUAAUUUAUUAAAUGAGAGGCCCUGCAUAACCUAACCUCAAGAGCAUAUCCCCUGGGAAGACAUAUGGAACUCUUAAGUCUGAUAUAAUCUUUUUUGUUGAAAGCAUGGAUUACCCUGUGAUGGGAACUUUAUUUGAUACGUAAUCCAGUUUGCCCUGAUUUCCUUAUCAGCAUUUACUGGUUACUAUUGACAGUCUGAAACAAAUGAGAGAAAUGUCCCAGAGACAAGUCCAUGGCCAUCGUCACAGGAAUCUCACUCAAACCACAUAAUUUAGUAGGUCUCACCAUCCCGUGUGUGGUUAGAGAUGAAUCUGUUGUAACGUGGUUGUACCCCUUGAAGUCUCAGUAAACACUAGGGAGCUAGGAGAGUGAGAGUGAGAGUUGUCGUGUGUGUGUGUGUGUGUGUGUGUGUGUGUGUGUGUGUACAGAAAUUCCUCGGCAGAGGCUGGUCUGCAAAGACUGAUUGUUGACUCUUAGACAUGCAGUGAUAUGGAGAUGGUGGAAGUCGCACUCCCAGGGCCUAAUUACAAUUUCCUUGUGUUCUCUUGAGCCCAUGAGUCCCAGUCCUUGGGCCCCCUGUGUUGGACUUACCUAACACCUUGUCACUAACAGAUGGCGUUGGACCUGACAUUUAAAAUAUCAGAAUAUGUCUCCUUAACAAAGCUCUAAGUUUCUACAAGUCAAAGGACUGCAUGUUAUCACAUAGCAGCUAGUGCCUGUAGCUGAGGUUUCUCUGCUUUACCAUAAUAGUCUACGUAAUAUCAUCACCAGUGUACUUAAGGAGAGUCUAUAGUUUCUUCAUUGUUACUAUAAAAACUUCAUGAAACUGUUUCCACAUUGUAACAUGCAAUUUGUACUAACAUAAACCUGUCUCACUCAUGUUUACUCACAGAUAUUUGACUUCAGAGUUAACUCUCUUCUUCCUUUGAAGUGAGAGCUGUGUGUUCACACUGACAUUUGUUAGUGUGUGUUGUGUAUAUGCUCGUGCAUGUGCAAAUAUGUCCCUGGAUAUAUAUUGUGAAGGUUAGUUAAUCACUUACUGCUGUGAUAGGCUAUGUGUUAUAAUUCUCCUGGUCCUCUUCAAUGGUGACCUGGUGUUUAGUAUACUGCUUACUUAUCUCCAUAGUUCUUUACUCAUGUGCUGACUUAUAUCAGUAUGGCUCAACACCCCUUUUCCCAAACUGUUUUCCUCUACUGCUGUUCUCUAUUUCCAUGCUCCAUUUGUUCCAGUAUUGGCCAGAGAAAUCCAUUUAAGAUGGCAUCAAUGUUCAUCUGGUGCCUCAGGAGAAUUUCCCUAGUCUAAGCAUUGCAUGCUCUGAGCCCCUGUAUGGAAAGGAAGUAAUGAUGCCCAGCUCAAUGAAUCAUUUUGAGUGCUUGAAUGGAGAGAAAACAAAACUGUGUAUUUAUAUGGUUGGCCGAUUUCCCUUGCCUCCUUCAAGCUCCCCUGGAGGGCUCUGGCAUGAAAGUAGGGACCUGAGUGCACACAGAGAGGGAGAGUUCUUGCCAGGGGAAUGGUAAACGUACAAGCUCACAUUCCCAGUAUGUGUCUGCAGGCACAGGUAUCACUGCGUGUGCUCAGGGUGGUGUGAUGACCUGGGAGGAGGAAAAACAUCAUUGUGUACCUUCCACUGAUGUCGUCUGCACAGACAAGGCACCGUCAUUCCAUCCCCUGGGAUUUACGUGCUUUCUCAUCCUGGUUUCCUCUGUUUCAUGAGUUUUCUUUUCCCUUAUGCUACCUUCUAGUGUAAAGGCAAAGGGUUUAAUCUCUGCAUCCCAGAAGCAGGAGUUCGUAGAGAAGAACCCGGUGUGCUGUGAUGUCUGCCAGACAGAAAAGGUGAAGAGAACAUUGGGACAUUAAGGGUGACUCAGUAAGGAAAAGUGCUUGCUUCGAAGCAAGAUUGAUGAUCUGAGUUUGGAUCUCAGAACCCAUGUAAAAGCCAGGUGUGGUGCUGACAUCUGUAAUCCCAGGAUUCCUACAGCAACAUGGGAGGGCAUUGUCUUCAUUUAUCAACCAUUACUUGGAAGAGCAUACAACUGACACUUGAUGGACGUCCUAACAACAAGCUUCUCAACUUAUGAAAAGAGGCAAAGAAGGUCUCACCCAAGCCUCAUUCAAGAGAUUCACUAAGAGAGAGGAAUCCAGGAGGUGGCUGCCCCUGGAAGAGUGGGAAAGGCAGCUCCCAACUGAACAGGAUCAGGGUGUGCUGCUUUGGACAGAAAGGGGUGUUGUUUCCCCUAGAAACAGAUAUGCACUCCAUUGUGGGCCACCAAGUGAGUGCUGAGAACCCAGCCCAGGUCUUCUGUAAGAGCAGCAAGUCCUCUUAACCAUGGGCCAUCUCUGAAGUCCAAGUCACCAAAUAUUAAAUGUAAUUAGUAUUUUUCUACUUUCAAUAGACAUCUUCUUAUACUCAGGUAGGUCCAAGUUUCAUUAUUAUUUACCAAUCCAGAAGGUUUCAUUUCUAUGUUACUCAGGUUCUCAGUCCCAACCACUGCCUUACCCUGUCUUCAGGAAAAUACAACAAUCUGCCAUUAUCAACCAAUUUGUAUACACUGCAAUGUGUUAGAAUAGAACCAGAGUUUAGAGACAUCUGGUCUUCAUUCAUCGUGCACAUAUGUUUAAAUUUAUCUAUUUUGUUGCCAGUGAUAAUUGUUCAUUCUUAAUAUUAAUGCUGUAGCAAUGUAUAGCUACACUACAAGUUUUAUAAUUUAGUUUUAUUUUAUGUGUAUAUGUUUGCCUACAUAUAGAUAUAAGGAUCACAUGCAUGCCUGGUGUCCAUGGAGGCCAAGAGAGGGUAUUGGAUCCCUUUGCACUGAAGUUACAGAUAGUUGGGACUGCCAUGCCGGUUUUGGGAAUUGAAUGUCUUUAUCAGUUGGCUAUUAUUUAGGUUGUUUUCUAUUUCAAUGUCUUGUAUAUAAAGCUGGUGUGAACUGAAAUAAAUAAGUCUUUAAAAGAAUAUAUGUCCUCUUUCUCCAGGUAAUAUAUUUGGGGAUGUGAUGGCCAUAUGACAAUUAUCAUAUCAAUAAACUGGGAAAGAUUUUUCCAAGUCUAUGUCCUGUUUUCCAUGGCCACCAGCAGUGGGUAUGGGAGAGUCAUCGUUCAUAAAUUUGCCAGGUCUCCAUAUGAAAACUCUUUAUUUUUGAAUAUUUGUGGGGGUGUCGAGAGUCCCCUCAGAGUCACCUCUCUCUCUUCCCUAAGUGUUAAGCAUGUUGAUGCUGUAUGUUUCUCUUAAUGGAGCAUCUACUCACCAUUCUGGCCAAGUUUUAGUUCCUGAAUUGUCUAUUUUCUUAGUGGCUCUUUUUGAGGUUUUCUGUAUUCUGGAAACAAGAAGACUGUCAUCUAAUACACAAUUUCCAACAUUCAUUUUCCCAGGUAGGAAAAAUAUGUUUCUAUCAUAUAUUUGGAAGAGUGGACAUUUUCUCACUUUAUGGAAUUCUUAACUAUCCAGUUUUUCAUUUAAUGAAAGGGGGUUUGUUGCAUCUAAGAAGUUUGUCUGCAAUUCAUGAACCUGAACAUUCAAUUGUUUUCUGCUACAAGAUUCAUGUUGAGGUUGUAUUUUGGAUCAAUUAUGUGUUAGAUUUAUUUUUAUUACUUACUGAGUGUUUGCCUGUAUGUCUGUGUGUGCCAUAUGUGCAUAUGAGUGCAGAUGUCCACUGAGACCAGGAAAGACUGCCAAUUCCUCUGGAUCGGGAGUUCUAGGCGACUGUGGAGCACCAUAUGGAUGCUGGAAACUAACGUCAGGUCCUCUGCAAUAGCCAAAGGCACGCUUAACCUCAGAGAUGUCUCUCUAGUCCUGUGUAGAUCAUUUGUUCAUUCUGAAUUGACUUUUGUAUCCUGCGAUAUACAACUUGUCUAUAUUUAUAUUUGUGCAUGGGGACAUCCACUUGUCCCACAAUAAGACAGAAGGACAGGGCAUUGAAGGGGCUAUGAGAGGGGAAUACACAGCUCCUCACCCUGUAAUCUAGUUUGUAUUUUUGUAACUGACAGUCAAGAAACCUCAACCCAACUGAUAGAGCUGAAAUGAUCUACAGAUAUAAGGCAGCUUUUCCUAAGACAUCUCAAAAAAAGUUUUAAAAUAACAAAAAAUAAACUAGGGCCUGAAGAGAUGGCUCAUGUUUUAUAAUCACUGGAUGUCUUCCAGAGGAUCCAGGGUUGAUACUCAGCACCUACCCGAUGGUUCACAACUGUCUGUAACUCCAGUUCCGAAAGAUCUCAAACUCUGGUGCCCUCCGUGGCCAGUAGGUACUCACUCAUGUGGUGCACAGACUUCCCUGUGGAAAAACAUUAAACAAAUAAAAAUUAAUUAAUUAAUUGUGCUUACUUACGACAAGUAUACUUGUAGAAUCACAUAUUCACCUUACAAUUUAAUUUACUAAAAGAAAUUUUAAAAGGGAUAAAAACAUUUCAAAAGAUUAUUUUUUUCAUUUUUGACUUUUAAAUAAUGUAAUGUAUAUUAUUCCUAAUGGGAAAACAGAACCCAUUUAAAGACUCAAAGUAUUCUUACAUGUAAUUUUAAAACAAUGUAACUUUGAGAGCCAUAAAAAUCUUCACAUUUCUCACUCUCCUGCCCUCCUCACACACCCUUUGUACUGACACCUAAUCUCAAGACUCUCUUUAGUCCACACUCAGUACUUCAUGCAUGAGCUAUCCCUAUUCUAUGUGAGCUACUGUCCAAAGGAUUAAUAAGCUCACAAGGUUUGCUUCAUCCUGGUUUUUCCUGAAAUUCUUUUCUGCAGCCUAAUCAUCGAUCCAGCUUCACCAGGGUCAAGGUCAUCAAAGGGAGAGGGUCUACCUCAGGCUGCUGGUCACAGUGCUGGGCUGUACCUACCUUCCACUACAGGGAGUCCCAGAAAAACUCGGUGAAGAGCAUAUGCCUGCUUCUCUGAGUGUCUUUGUGUCUUUGCUAAAGGUGUCCCCUCGCACAUGUGUGACUCUUCUGUCCCCUUCAUAUUCUUUUCUGUCUUAUUGUCAUUACCAAUCAGGGACACUGCCUUCAUUUCUCUAGGUUUAUAAGGAGUUUGGAAGUCAGGUGUUCAUCCUCCAAGUUUGUUCCUUUUCAAGGUUGUUUUCAAGCUGGGGUUCGUCAUAAUCACUGUUACUUUCAGACUCAGCCUUUAGUUUAUGUAAAGUCUGUUGAGUUGUUUGGUAUUGCACUGAAACUAUAGCUCUGUUUGAGGAGAGCAGACUCCUGUAUCUUCCAUUGCAUGAAUAUGAUUGCAUCGUGAACUCUAACUGGUCUUAAUAAUAAAAUAUGGUGUCAGAUAUUAGGGGGUGAAAGGUGAAAGAUCAGCAGAAAGGAGCAGCCAGCCUCUAGUUCUUUCCUCUAUGAUAUUCUCAGACCAAAUGAAGUAUCCUGUCUCUACAAGACCUCAGACUGAAUGCCUGGAUCUCCUAUCUCCUCCCACCUUAUAUUCCUCUCUUGGCCCAGCCAUAUCCCUUUCAGUCUCCACCUCCCUAGUGCUGGGACUAACGGUGUGUGACACCAAAGCACUUUGAUGAAAGAUGUGAGCCACCACUGCCUGACUCUGUUUCUCUUUUAGACUGGAUCAAUCUAAUAUAGCCCAGGAUGGCCUUGAACUCACAGAGUUCUGAUUCUUGAGUGUUGGGAAAGGUGAGUGCCAACACUCACUGUCCUCUAUGGCUAACUAGUGGCUCUCUGAACACACUGAUCCUUAUGCAAGUUUUAUUAUCAUGGAACAAACAAAAUAUCACCACAGUCGAUGAAUCUAUACAUCUUUACUCUCCCUCAGCAAUGGUUUGUCCCAUUUAGUGUCUAGGCACUACAGAGAAGCGGGCAGAGUUUUCCUAAUUAUUUCAUAUUUCCUGAUGCUAUCUUCAGUGACAGGGAUUUUAAAUUUCAACUUCCACACAUUUCACUGUGGUCAGCUGUCUGUGGGUAGAUUUUAAGAGAAGCUCUCUUUUAGGUUGAAAUGUUAGGUUUCUUUCUCUAUAAUGAAAAUGUCCUUGGUGCUAACAUAUAUAUAUACUUGCUUGUGUUUCAAUUCCAGUACUUUGAAGUUGCAAGUAAUUUAGCUAAUUAUGAUAAAAGAAAGAAAUGCCCAACACCCACUUUGGGGGAAAUUUUCUAAGGCAGCCACAUGCCAAACGUUUGCCCAAAUGGAAUCUUUGGAAUCAUAGAGAUAGUCCUUUACCUCCCAGCCAGCUCCAUCAUGGAGGUGUUGAUAUCACGUGUAGAGAGAAAGAAGGGGAUUCCUGUGAAGAUUUAGGUGUGUAUGUGUAACUCCAGUAAGGUUCGUAUUAUCAAGAAUAUUUAGAUAGUCAUUUUCAUAACAUCUAAUAUAAUUUUCGAACACAAAAAGGACAAGGUUAGUACUCGUGUGUUUCCCUGUUGUUUUCCCAUCAGUCACGCAUAUUUUAACAGUGUCUGCUGUGGACUGUGUACAGAGUGGGUGUUUUAUGGAUGGUUCUUGCCAUGUUGAUUAUUAUCAUGACACCUGCUAAGUGUUGCUCUGGUACCUACCUCCCUGUGCAGUUACUAGUCUACAAGCAUUGCUUGUCUUUGAGUAAAGUUUCACUUCUUUCUCUUUUGCUUGUUAAUGUAUUCACUCAUACGUUUGUGUCUGCUUAGAAACACCCAUUUUCAAAGGAGUACUCCUUUGUCAUCAUUAUAUAUUGUGAUGCUUAAAUUAUCCCAUAACGUGCUCGUGUGAGGACACACAUUCAAGUGGACCUGCUCUUCAUUUGUUAUCUGCCUAGAAUUCUGGAUUAUCUGACCACCCCUGGAAGAAAGUCACCAGCAAAUGCUUCUUGUCAGUGACACUUUGUGUCCUCUGUCUAUCAAUGUCAGGUCUCUUCUAUGAGAAGAACAGGAGGACUGCAGAGAGAAGACGCAGAAGGUUGACAAGAAGCUGACAUAUGCCCUUGUUUCCAAACAGGGAGAAAACUGCAAACUCUCCCUGCAGAACCAGCUCCUGGAGAAGAACCAAGUGUGGUGUGGUCUUGUCAGCCUGUAACCUGAGCAAGAGUUAUAAGAUUAUGUGGAAUUCAUCAGCUGAAAACUCCUUGACAUCCUUUGGAACAGAAACAUCAAAUAGCAGUACCUUAUUCCAGAGCAGCGCAGUUGGUUCUGCCUUCACACAAGAUACAAGAUCUGUAAAACCACAGCUAGCCCAAGGUCGAUCAAGCCCUCCGUUAGACCCUUUGAGAAAAAGUCCAACCAUGGAACAAGCAGUACAGACCGCCUCGGCCCACUUACCUGCUCCAGCACCUGUUGGGAGAAGGAGCCCUGUACCAACCAGGCCUUUGCCAUCUACCAGCCAGAAAGCAAUAGACAACCAAGAGCACAGGCAAGCUGAAGUACACAAAGUCCCAAGGCCAGAAAAUGAGCAGCUCAGAAAUGAUAGCAAGAGGCAAAUAGUUCCAGGUGUUCCUUCUGUUCCCAGGAGAGGACGUGGGGGCCAUCGAGGUGGCAGGGGAAGAUUUGAUAUUCGCCGAGAUGGUCCAAUGAAAUUUGAGAAAGACUUUGACUUUGAAAGUGCAAAUGCACAAUUUAACAAGGAGGAAAUCGACAGAGAGUUUCAUAAUAAACUUAAAUUAAAAGAAGAUAAACUUGAGAAACAAGAGAAACCUGUAAAUGGUGAAGAUAAAGGAGACUCCGGAGUUGAUACACAGAACAGUGAAGGAAAUGCUGAUGAAGAAGAUCCUCUUGGGCCCAACUCCUACUACGACAAAACUAAAUCCUUCUUUGACAACAUUUCCUGUGAUGAUAAUAGAGACAGGAGACUAACGUGGGCUGAGGAGAGAAGGUUAAAUGCUGAGACGUUUGGGAUCCCACUUCAUCCUCAUCGUGGCCGUGGGGGCUACCGAGGCCGAGGGGGCCUUGGCUUCCGUGGUGGCAGGGGACGUGGCAGUGGCCGAGGAGGGACCUUCACUGCCCCUCGAGGUUUUCGUGGUGAAUUCAGAGGUGGUCGUGGGGGCAGGGAGUUUGCAGAUUUUGAAUAUAGGAAAACCACGGCUUUUGGACCCUAAAAGUUCUGGAUUGGUCAUACUGCUUUCUGAAAGAGAGACAGCAAAGUUGCUGCAUAGUCUACAAACAAGUCUUUGAAAACAGGUAGCUCCUAGCUCUUCCUGGUCUUGGAAAGUGGUUUCCGUCUUUGUGAAGAUGAAGAAGUGAAGUUGCUGUCUGUCUGUCACCAGCACUGGGUUUAUCUGUUUGUUUUUCUGCUUCAUUUCAAAGCUACACUGCAGUUGCUUUGAGCAGAAAGGCUUGACAAGAGCAUAAGUGUGUGCGGAGUAGCAGGAGGUCAUGGUCCUUGCUUAGAGUCCAACUCCAGCGAGCUGAGUGGAACUGCUAAGUGUUUUCUCAUCACUGACAGGAUUUUCUUAUCACUAAUUAAUUGUAUUCGGUGAUUACUUCAAGUUGCCUGCAGAUAGGCCGUGAUACUGUGUUUUGAGCCACAGAAGGUUGUGUGUGCAUGCGUGUGUGUAUGUGUGCGUGUCUGUAUCUUUUUCUUUUUGGAGAUCUUAUAAUAUGAGGUAGCUUAUUUCGACACUUAAUUAGGGUACUGGAUGGUAGAGAAUUUUGUCAGUCAACUAUGCACACACAGGUAAAUACUGUUUCUUCGGCAAAGGUAACUUUUUUAUGUAGUUGUAAAAUUCCAUUAUAUUCCAUUGCCAAAUAAACAUUAAGAUCUUUGUAUAGCUGUAAAAAAAGCAACUAAUUUUUUAAAUAAUAAACGUUUAAAGUCAGCAAACAUACGUGUCCUUGCAGAAGUUGGUGUGCUGAGGAGUAGGACUGUGGGUGGGUCCUUUCCCCUUGCUUUCCAGGCUUAAAAGUUUUUGAUUUAUUUUUUAAUGUUUGGAACAUAAAUGAAGAUUUGAUAAUUUUAUUCCAUUAUCUAAAAAGGAUAAAUUAUUCGUGCAUAGUGUAUUGACUUCAUUUGUAGCAAAUCAUUGAAUUUGUCCAAAAAACAGAUAUUUUCAGUGUAUGAAUAUAAAUAAUCAUAAAUGAGAAUGUACCUCGCUGUAUUUUCAAAUAAGUAACUUUCCCCCUUUGUAAGACAUUAAAACUAGGCAUCAGUUGACCUGUUCCUCCUGCUAUGCCUGGAAUUCUGUUGCAAUGACACUGACUCCUGUUUUACUUCAAGAAGAUGGAAUUUUCCGAACCGUCUUGCACCUGUAAAACAUCACUAACACAGUCUGUGGGCCUGUGACCCACUGAUGACUCCAUGUACACGUUUGUUGCUAACUGUAAAUUACUAAUAAAUCUUUUUUGAUAUUUAAGCUAUAGUGGAAAAGAUCUGGCCACUUUGUGUUUUUGACGAAGGCCAUGGAAUAAAGGGAUCCAAAGAUUUGACUACUUUUAUCUACUUUGAUUCUUGUUACUUUUGUCAUUCAGUAGUGAUAAAGGUGUGGGAAAUUGUGCUGUAGGAGAAUCAGACUAAGUGUUGUUGGAGGAGCGGGCUGUGUCCCAUCGCCUGGCUAGCUUAACCCCCGAAAUAAUCACACAGAAAUUGUAUUAAUUAAAUUACUGUUUGGCCCAUUAUCUCUAGCCUCUUAUUGGCUAACUCUCACAUCUUGGUUCAACCCAUUUCUAAUAAUCUGUAUGUCACCACGAGGUCAU